AUGGAGAGCACGUUAGAAAAGAAGAUCGAGCAAGAACAGAGCCCUAGCACCGAACAAGGGGGGUUUAAUUUCAGGGAGAGGCUCGAAGCCGGCAAGGCCACCUACAGGAAGCCGGCGGAGCAGUCCAGAGAGGUCCUAGCCGAGGCGGCACGAUGUCGCGAGGCACGCAAGAAGCCCAAGUUGCCGGCCAAGGACGAAAAGCGUGGCGAUGUACCCGCCAGUUGCAAGAGCGCCGUCACCUCUUCCCGCCCAACGCCCGAGGCCGAGGCCGCGCCCGAGGGCGAGCGCAACUACGACUUGCCCCCCUGCCUGCGCUGCAUGGGCAAGAACCUCCCCUGCUCCUUUGUCCACAACCGCAGCGCCGGAUCUGACCUCGUCUGCACCUGCUGCGAGCGGCUGGGCCAGGGCGUCUUUUGCAUCCAGUUCGCCACAGCCCGCGCCGGUAGGUACUACGGCGUGGACGAGGUGACUUCAGUGUGGCUGUGGCCGGCCGGCUGGCGCAGCGACGACGUGACUCGGCAGCUCGAUGCGGUAGAGGUUUUCGUGCCGAUUCCGGAUUUGAGGUACUUGCCGGACGAGUACGAGGCUUUUGUCCAGACGGCCGAGUUCCUCGUCAACGGUGAGCCAAGUCCGAUGGUUGCAGAUCGUCUGGGUGACGGCCUGAUGCUGGCUGAUGUGGAGAAUUGGACAAAGAUGAAGAAAAAAUUUCGGUAUGGCAAGGGUACUUUCGGCAGCUUCAGCGACAGCGGAAAGAUAGGCGAGAUGAGGAGAACCAGCAAAAGGUAA